GGUUCCGCUCUCGCUCGCUCGCAAGCUCGCGUCCGCGCUCACCCGUCUGAUCCGAUCGUCUGAUACUGGCCUGGAGGGGGGUGGGGGUGAGAGAAACGAGAGAGCAGGGUCGCCCCCGUUGAGGAAGUGAGAUGAUAACAUAACGGCGCCUCGACUCAACCAUUUGGCCGUUUCUUCCUCCACUGGACUGCAAUGCCGCCACAGCGAGUGUUCGCCCUGCCGAGGCAAAAAUCCCUGCUGCUGCCCGCGGUCAUCAACCCGUUCGUCCAAGACACCAAACUGACCACAGCCGCUAUCGUUAAAUGUGUCCUCCUGGGAAUCUUCCUGGUCCCCGUUCGCGCCAUCCUCCUGUCCCUGGUUCUCAUGGUGACAUGGCCCGUGGCUGUCAUAAUAACCUUCAAGCAUCCCCUGAAAGGAGCCGUGGAACCCAUGACAGGCUGGAGACGGUUCAUGUGUCGGAAAGUUAUGGCUGCCUUGGGGAGGACGUACUACUUCUGCAUGGGCUUCAGAGUGGUGGUCAAGGGCAAGCAGGUCGGCAGCAGUGAGGCUCCCAUCCUGGCUGUGGCUCCCCACUCCACCUUUUUUGAUGGGAUUGUGUGCAUUGUUGCAGGCUUGCCUUCCACAGUCUCCCGUGUGGAGAACCUGGCUACGCCCAUCUUUGGCAGGUUUGUGCGCUGCCUACAGCCAGUGCUGGUGUCCAGAAAGGACCCAGACUCCCGGAAGAAUACAAUCCAAGAGAUUGAAAGCAGAGCCAAGUCCCGAGGCAAAUGGCCACAGGUUCUGAUAUUUCCAGAGGGAACAUGUACAAAUCGUUCAUGUCUUAUCACGUUCAAACAGGGUGCCUUUAUCCCAGGGGUCCCUGUGCAGCCUGUGCUUAUGAGAUAUCCCAACAAACUAGAUACAGUGUCUUGGACUUGGCAGGGUUUCAGCUCGAAGACACUGCUGCUUCUGACUCUGUGCCAACUGUACACCACCGUAGAGAUAGAGUUUCUGCCACCACAUAUCCCCACAGAGGAAGAGAAGAAAACUCCGGCUCUAUUUGCUAGCAGAGUGCGAGAAACUAUGGCCCAGGCUUUGGGAGUUCCAGUGACAGACCACACAUAUGAAGACUGUCGCCUGAUGAUCUCUGCUGGCGAGCUAACGCUGCCCAUGGAGGCUGGCCUGGUUGAGUUCACCAAAAUUAGCCGUAAACUCAAUCUGAAGUGGGACAAUGUGAAGAAGGAGCUGGAGGGCUUCGCAACCAUGGCCAGCUCUUGUAAAGGAGGACGGAUCACUAUUGAAGAGUUUGCCAGAUUCCUGAAGCUUCCUGUCAACCCAGCCCUCGCGGAGCUGUUUGCGCUGUUUGACAGAAACGGAGAUGGCACCAUUGACUUCAGAGAGUAUGUUAUUGGUGUGACCAUCUUGUGUCGACCAGCUAACACCGAAGACGUUCUUCGAAUGGCUUUCCAGCUGUUUGAUACAGAUGAGGAUAAGAGAAUCACCCGAGAGGAGUUUACUUCUCUGCUGCGCUCAGCUCUGGGUGUGUCGAAUCUAAACAUGACCAAGCUCUUCAAGGAGAUCGAUGCUGACGGCUCUGGUUUCAUCACCUUCAAUGAAUUUCAAGCCUUUGCCACGACCCACCCGGAGUAUGCCAAGCUCUUCACCACCUACCUGGAGCUUCAGAGGUACCAAGCAAUCCAGGAGGCGAGGCCGGGUGAUCUGGAAUUGUCCAGUCCGACCGAUUCAGGGGAAAAACAGGAAGACAGUGUCUCUGACAAAAAAGAUGACUGAGAUCGGGGAAGAACCGAUGAGCACUCCUUGCCUCCACCGAAGGACAUACACUGUAUCUACUGCACUGAGAAGGAAUUAGCAAAAGUGUCAUCUUCCCUCCAACGACUUUUAGCAAAUUCGAGUCAUUUGCCACAGCAGAGCCAUAUUAUAGGUUAUGUGCUUGCCUUUUUAUAGAUGAUUUUUAGAGUGCUUCUGUUUUCAAUUUUAGUGCCUUAUAGACAUUUUGAAGAACCACUUACCCAAGCCACUGCACAGGAAAUGUCUUCUUUUCACCCCUAAAGUGUUUUGUGUGUGUACUUUGGUUAUGUGCCCAUCAGAAAAAAUAAAUAAAUAAAAAAAGCUAGUUAUAGGGCGGAAAUAUGGCAGAGAACUCAUGGGCCCUCAGUGUUUUAACUGUCUAAACCCUUCAAUAUAAUGUUAGUGACAGUGUUUUAUGAUGUACUUGAAUAUUUGUUUCAGAUCGUUGACUGAUAUUUGACAUAGAUACAACAUUCUCUAAAGCCUGAGUUUACCCCCUUGGACUUAGAUGAAAGUAGCUUUGUGUACCUUCUCCUUUGUCUUUGUGGUCCUCUGUAAAUGAGUGUAAAAAUGCCAAAACAACACCUUUUUAAAUAUAAGCAAAGAGUCCUCAUGCUUCUGUGUUGCAGUAUAAUUAGUGUACAGUAAGGUUUAAUAAGAUCUUUCCAAUCUGGCAAAACCCACAGAUGUUCUGUAUUAAAGCUAUGUCUAUGAAGAGCAUA